CUGCUCCUCCCGGCCCGCCUCCUCCUGCUCCUCCUGCCGGGGAACAGUUUGAGGAGUCGGGUUCCGGAGCUCCGCGGUGAGAGUGCUUCACUUGUCCGUGGAGGCACGGAGCAGCCCCGGAGAGCCGGACGGACUCUACUCUCCGCGGGCAGACAUGGACUGAGGGGGCCGGGCGGAGUCCGGCUGGAGCCCAGGCCCCUCCCCCAUGCGUCAUGGCGUCUCGGCUGCUGGACCGACUCAGACGCUCGCUGUUCAGAGACGGUCAGGGGGCGGGACCCGAGGAGCAGGAGGAGCAGCCGGAGGAGGAGCGGGCGCCGCCCAGGGAGGAGCGCUGGGAGGCGGAGCUGGAGGAGGAGGAGGAGUGUGUGAGCGAGCGGCUCGGAGGAACGCUGUGCUUCGACGCUGCAGGAGGUGGAGGAGCGGAGGAUGGAGCUGAGGGCGAAGACUCGGGGCCGGACAGCGACUCUGACUUCUUGGGAGAGUCGAUGGAGGACGGCUUGAGCAGCACUGACAUGAGUCCCGUCAGCCCCUCGCCAUCUUCCCUGCUGACUCGACAGAUCCAGGAGAGCUGGCGGAGCCUGCGUGGAUCCGGAGGGGUUAGCCCCGCCCCCUCUGCUCGGCGCCAGGUGGACUUCUUGCUGUUUGAGGUGACGGACGCCAACGUGGUGCAGGACGGAUCCUCCAAAUAUGUGCUGUACACCGUCCACGUCAUCCAGUCCGGCGGCAGCGAUAAGACUCCAGCCGUAAUCACUCGCCGUUACUCGGACUUCCAGCGGCUCCACGCCACGCUGCGCCGUCACCAUGGAGACCAGAUGGAGCGCGUCUGCUUCCCACGAAAAAAGCUCCGCAAGAACUUCACGGCUGAGACCAUCGCCAAGCGCAGUCGGGCUUUCGAGCAGUACCUGUCACACCUGUGUGCGUUGCCCGACCUGCGGGGGGCGCUGUGCGUACGCCACUUCUUCUACCUGAGCGACUUGCAGACGGCGCAGCUGCUCAUCAGGGUGGGAAGUUACCAGGAUGCUUUGGGGCCGCUGCUCAACGCCAAGAGGCUGCAGCACAAGCUGGGCUGGGCCUGUUGCCAUGACAACCAGUCCCAGGCCGCCCCCACCUCCAACUCCUCAUCGCAUUGGUUCUUCACGCUGGUGGGGCUGUCGUUCUGCUUCCAGGAGGCAGAGCAGCUGGAGGAGGCCCGGGAUCACUGUGACCACGCCCUCCACGUCCUCACGCCCGCGCUCGCUCACACCGGCGGCGAGGAUAGGCCCCUCCCAUCGGACGGGAGGCCACACCCACUUCUGCUGCCGCUGCUGCAGACGGUGGUCCGGCUGUCGUGGCAGACCGGGCAGGACAAGCGGCAAUGGGAGGAGCUUCUGCACCAGCUGGAGGAGCAGGGGGCGGGGCUAGACAAUCACCCAACCGUCAAAGAGUUUCUGGUCAAACAUAAUCUGCAGGAGGGCGACGACUGAAACCACCACGACGCAACGCAGACAAUCAGGCUAGCAAACUUGAUACAAGCACCACGGAUCUAAUUCCGUAUCUGUGUUACAAAAUUUCAAAACAUGGUGAGAAAAAGUUAUUUUCAAGAAGAGGAAAGAUAUAUUUUGAAUUAAAAGGGAAAUGAACUUGUAAAUGUGGACUUUUCUCCAUUAAUCUUGGAGAACAUAUUACCGUUUCUGAGUCUUACGACACGCCUUUCAUGUACGACGCAGUUCCCGGUUCUCGGCACAUCUGUGUGUAGUGUGUAUGACUUAUCUGAGCGUACCAAGUUAACUCAAGUCUGCUGCACUUCGUAAACCGCAAGCGUCAAACAUCAGGUCAGUAGUGCUAAUCAGGAGUAGAUGAGGGACUCAAACAAACGUGAAUGAGAGGAACCAGAAAGAAUGUAUUCAGUAGUUUGUAUUUAUGCUAGCAGAAGUGGCGGGGCUAUUAAUGUCUACUGCAUGCGGCCACUAGGGGGCGAUCUGAGAUCUUUAGGCACCUUCUCUGCUUUUAAUGUGUCUUUUUUAUAUAUAAAAAAAGUUUUUUUUUUACAAAAGGAAAUAAGAAUAAAGAAAGUUGGGGCUGAACUGUGGUACUGUAGUGAGAAGGUUCUGGGUUCACAUCUGUGUGGAGUUUGCUUGUUUGACCCACGCUUGUUUGGGUUCACUCUGGUUUCCUCUGUUGGUCCAAAAACAUCCGCGUGAGGGCGACCCCCGAAGGCCCCAUUUCCACGACAGGGUUUAAAGAAAAACAUUGUUUCUGCAUUUUCGUUUCAGGAAAGUUUGAUUUUGACACAGCAGUGUUCUCAAAAUGAUUUCCGUUUACAUGGAAAUGCUGGAAACGACGUAGUAGCAUGUCAGGCCACUAGAGGGUGCUGUUUUUUUGUUUUUUGUUUUUUUUGGAAUGAAAUCUCUCAAAAAAUUUGCACAGAAAACAGACUGUGGCCAGAAGAAUUGCUGAAGAUUUUUUACUAUGGCUGCUGUGUGCGUGCGCAAUGGCAGCAUGUCUGCCGUCUCCACGGAAACAGAGCGUUUUCAAAAAUUAGCGUUUUCCUCCAUUUCCAUGGAGACAACGUUAGAGUGUUGUGAAAAAACUGCAUUGUCUCCUGUUUUCAUGGAGACACAAUUGGAGUGUUUGUUCAGAAAGUUGCAUUUUCUCUUGAAAUUGUUGCAGUGUAAACAGGCCCUAAACUGCCUAUAGAUGCGAAUGUGAGAGUGUGUGUGUGUGGUUUGUGUCUUUCUGUUUGCCCUGUGAUGGACGGGCGGCCUGUGUGGAGUGUGUCCUGCUUUCACACACAGUCAGCUGGGAUCGAUGAGCUGGUAAAGAAGGAUGGAAAAAAAAUGUGUUAAAUAAUGUGUUUAUAUCAGGAAUGUAUGUGACAGCAUAACACAAUAAAAUCUGUGAUGAAA